AUCUACCAUUCUCCAUCUCAUUCCCCUCUUCUGGGAAGCAGUCAACUGCCUCUCUACCCCGACCUCUAUAUAAAGUGAUAGGCAUAUAGUGUUGUGUUGGAACAUUAUUAACAAACACAGUAAUGAUGAGGUUCUUCGUCUCCGUCUUCGUCUUCGUCUUCGUCUUCAUCGUCCUUCUCCUUCAGCUGGUUCCUCCUUCCAACGCUGCAAUAUCUUCUCAAGUGGUCGAGACGCUCCCUGGUUUUCCUGGAAAACUUCCCUUCAAACUUGAAACUGGGUAUGUGGGAGUUGGCGACUCAGACAGUGUUCAGCUAUUUUACUACUUCAUUGAAUCUGAGAGAGAUCCUGAUGAAGAUCCUCUUGUGCUCUGGCUCACCGGUGGCCCGGGUUGUUCUGGUUUCUCUGGCCUCGUCUUUGAAGUUGGUCCCCUGUUAUUUGAUUAUGCCAAAUCUAGUAGUGGCAAAGUCAAAGUUCCGGUGCUGAAAUUGAAUCCAUACUCAUGGACCAAGGUAUCUAACAUGAUAUUCAUAGAUGCCCCCGUUGGCACUGGGUUCUCCUAUGCAACAAACUCAGAGGCAUAUGUAGCCGAUGACACAUCAUCUGCCACACAAACCAAUGAAUUUCUGAGGAAGUGGCUGUCGUCUCAUCCCCGGUUCCUGAAACAUCCUUUGUACAUCUCCGGUGAUUCAUACUCAGGCAUCAUUAUCCCUAUCCUUGUCAAUAAGAUCUCUGAUGAUAAUGACGCGGGUAUUAAGCCACAAUUGAAUCUAAAGGGUUACUCGAUUGGAAAUCCAGUUACAGAUGAAACUGUUGAUAAGAACUGGAGAGUUCCCUUUGCACACAGAACGGGACUUAUAUCAGAUAAACUUUAUGAGUCAACCAAAAGGGAUUGCCACGGUGAAUAUAUGGUUGUAGAUCCAAGCAACGCUGCAUGUUUAGGGGAUCUAGAAGUUGUUACAGAGUGCAUCAAGAUGGUAUUGAUUCCUAACAUAUUAGAGCCUAAUUGUGCUGCGGACUUGCCAAAACCAACGGAGUGGGACCAACCAGAAUUACUCAAAUGGGAUCCUAGUAUUGUCAAAGAGGAAUCCUUGGAGCUUGUUUCUACCCCUGAGCAUUCUGGACCAUGGUGUCGGUUUUAUAACUAUGUCUUCUCUUACAUUUGGGCUAGUGACGAAAAUGUUCAGGCUACCCUCCACAUUCGGAAGGGAACGAAGGAGGAGUGGUCGAGAUGCAAUAGGAGUUUAGCUUACACUAAGGAUGUCACAUGCAGUGUCCCAUACCACAAAAACCUUACACACAAACCCUACAAAGUUCUGAUUUACAGCGGAGACCAUGACCUGGCUGUUCCAUACGUGGGUACCAUGGCAUGGGUGAAGUCUCUGAACUUAACAGAAAGUAGUAAGUGGAGACCAUGGCAUGUCCAAAGUCAAGUUGCAGGAUAUACAAUGGAGUUUACGCAGAACAAUUAUAGCUUGACAUAUGCGACAGUGAAGGGAGCAGGGCACACAGCACCAGAGUACAAUCCUAUCCAAUGCUUGGCCAUGUUUUCUAGGUGGCUUGCUCGUUCUCCUCUGUAAAUAUUUCAUGUGUAAUUUCCAUCCAUUGCCACCUUAAUCUAUUGAAUAAGUUUAGGAGACGUUUUGUGUUUUCAAUCAUGCCGUCCACUAUGAGUGUUGUACUGUCUCAGUAAAUUUGCAGCAAACAAUCUUAUGUUAGGAAGUUUCCUAGUGAGGAAUGUGAUAAACAGAAUUGUUUGUUUGAAUAUGAUGGAGAGAAGUUUGGAUCCCACCUGGUCCAAUUGAGAUAAAGAAAAAUGUUUGAUUUUAGCA